AUGCUCGACCCUUUCCCCAUCCCCGCGCCGCCCGCCCUCGCCAACCUCGUCAAGCCCGCCGCCGACUUCUUCCACUUCACGACGCUCCCGCUGCACAUCCAUGAGCUGAUCUUGGCUUUCCUCUUCUAUACCUGCGUCAACGUCUACUUCGCGCCAUGGAUCUCCUCCCACCUCUUCCCCCGCAUAUACGGUGGCUUCAACCGGCGCACCAGGCUCAACUGGAACGUCCACAUCGUGUCUCUCGUGCAGUCGUCGCUCAUCAACAUCUUCGCCCUGUGGGUCAUGUGGGUGGAUAAGGAACGUGCGGCGAUGACUUGGCCGGAGAAGAUCUGGGGGUACACGGGGGCGUCGGGAAUGAUACAGGCGUUUGCGGGCGGAUACUUCCUCUGGGACCUGUGCAUCACGUCCAUGCAUGUGCACAUUUUCGGCUGGGGGAUGCUCGCGCAUGCUAUCAGCGCCUUGUUCGUUUUCUCUCUUGGAUAUCGCCCCUUCCUCAAUUUCUACGGCUCGACCUUCAUCCUCUACGAGCUCUCCUCCCCCUUCCUCAACGUCCACUGGUUCUGCGACAAGCUCAACCUCACCGGCUCCACCGUCCAGCUCUACAACGGCAUGGCCCUCCUCUUCACCUUCUUCUGCUCGCGCCUCCUGUGGGGCUCCUACCAAUCCGUCCGCGUUUUCUACGACAUCUACCGCGCCUUCACCUCUGAGAUGCGCGACGUCCCCAUCGACUGGGCCGCCGAACCCAGCUUGAACCCCGAUACCGACAUCAUGCGUUUUGCGGGGAACAGGCCCAUGCCUUUGUGGCUGGCCGUGACUUAUCUAGGCGCCAAUAUAAUCCUCAAUGGACUAAACUGGAUGUGGUUUGGGAGGAUGAUUGAGACGGUGCGCAAGCGGUUUGAUCCGCCGCUUGGCACGAAGGGAACCAAGAAGGCGGCGAAGGAGGAGGUGUUGGUGGAGGGCGUGGAUGUGGACACGGAUGCGGAUGCGGGAGUAGAUGGAGUGCCAAUUCAUGUGUCUGAAAAGGAGGAGGUCAAACUGGCCCAGGCAAUUGAUGCCGCUGGGAGAAGUACUGUGGAGAUUGAGAAGAGUGAGGUUAGGAGUCGGAGGAAGGCGUAA